AGCACACAGUGGCCAGGCAUUUCCCGCAUUCCUCCACCUCCCCAUCUCUCUCUCUCUCCGUAUCUGUGGAUCUCUCUCCCCUGUUGAGAGAUACUACACAAAGGAGUGGAGUGACAUUAGGAGCUCUCUUUUAGGGUUUCAGUUGUUUUGAUUCCGUGUCGGAGAGCAGUAUCUCUCUCCCUCUCUCACAAUUCGGGUGAGACAAUGGCGAAUUCGAGCUGGAUCUAGCAUAUCAAAAGUUCUUUUCGCAUGCUCGAAUCGCGAGAUCUUCUAUCUGAAAUAUUUAUUCUUCAAUUACUGUUAUUUUUUUCUAUCCAACAGAAUUGAAGAUUUCAAAGCGGGAUCUGUUAUUGUAAGGAGUUUUCUUUCUCGUUCUUGAAGCUAUACGAUCCGAUUGCUGAAUCACUAAAAUGUUAAAUUGGAUUAUUAUAAAGUAUUCAAGCAGAUCUUCCUGAAUUGUUCUGUUCAAGAAGCGAAAGAGUUUGAAAGGAGGAUCCAUCGGUUUUUUCACUUUAGUUUAUUUGGUUAAUCGUCACAAAAUUCUGGCAUUUAGGACAGGAUUGUUUGUUUAAAUGUUAUGCAACGCUAGCUUAAGGAACACAGUCGUUCAAGCUGGGCAUAUCAGAGUUUUUUUCAAGGGAAGGGUGCAGUCGAGGGAUCUUCGCUGGGGAUUGGGUGCAGGACUUGGCGCAGAGUUUCCAUUAAGUCACAAAUUUAGGGCGAACAAAGCGAUGAUGGUUGACACUGGUGCAACUGCUGAACGGGGAACCAUUGUUGACACCUUGCUGGUGAAAGAAAACAUGGAAGAUAAUGGCUGUGCUAGCGGAGGAUGGGGAAGUGAAGAUGGAAGGCUGAGCUGUGGCUAUUCAAGUUUCAGGGGAAAGAGGGCAAGCAUGGAGGACUUCUAUGAUGUUAAAAUGUCAAAGAUUGAUGAUCAAACAGUCUGUCUGUUCGGAAUAUUUGAUGGUCAUGGUGGUUCUCGUGCGGCUGAAUAUUUGAAGGAACACUUAUUUGAGAAUCUCUUGAAGCAUCCAAAAUUUAUGACAGAUACCAAAUUGGCCAUAAGUGAAACAUAUCAAAAGACUGACAUGGACUUCCUGGAUGCCGAAAGCAAUACUUACCGUGAUGAUGGUUCUACUGCUUCAACAGCAGUUUUGGUUGGAAACCAUCUAUAUGUAGCAAAUGUAGGAGAUUCACGGGCAGUAGUAUCAAAAGCAGGCAAAGCAAUACCUCUAUCUGAAGAUCAUAAACCAAACAGAAGUGAUGAGCGGAAGAGAAUUGAAAGUGCUGGAGGGGUUGUUAUGUGGGCAGGUACUUGGAGGGUCGGGGGGGUGUUGGCAAUGUCCCGUGCUUUUGGAAACCGCUUACUGAAGCAGUUUGUUGUAGCAGAACCUGAGAUUCAGGAACAGGAAAUUGAUGAUGAAUUUGAAUGCCUGGUGCUGGCCAGUGAUGGAAUCUGGGAUGUAGUACCGAAUGAGGAUGCUGUUUCCCUUGCAAGAGCCGAGGAAGAACCUGAGGCAGCAGCCCGGAGGUUGACAGAGACUGCUUAUAAUCGAGGCAGUGCAGACAACAUCACCUGCAUUGUGGUGAGAUUCAACCAUGACAAAACAGAAUAAGGUUCAUCCAACUAUCAGGAAAAAAAAAACUUAUUUGGUUCCAUGUCUAGAAUUAUUUCAUUUGAUAAUUCUGACUGGAAAUAUCCUUGUGCAUAGUUGUCCGUGUGAGUAUUGACAAGAAAGGUACUGCUUGUUAUAUUGUAUCUAUUUUUUUGGGGAAGGGGGUUUGUGGGUGGGAUGGCUGGGAAGGGUUGGGUAGGGAUGAUAGGGUUGUCCUCAUUGGCGAAACAUGGACCUGUUAAUUUGGCGCUGUCUCUAUAUGUUCUGUACCAUAUUGGGGCAACCAUGCUGUUAUUCUAUAUAGGCUUGAAGUGUGGUGCAUUGUUCGUUCA